AUGCAAGUAGACCGCGGGGCCUGCUGGGAGUCGCGGGAGACGGGGGGGGGGGCGGGGUCAUGCCCGUCUGGGGCCUCCCUGAAGGCCCGUGAGAGGCGGAGGCUUCGGCCGGGCCUUCCCUGCGGGGAAGGGGACGCAGCCGCGACCCGCCUCUAUUUCUCCCCUUGCAGGAGCACAGAGGAGCCCGGCAGAGGAAAGAAGGAGGCGCCGCUCGAGAGGAGGAGGCUGGAAAAGGCCGGCAGUCUCCGGGGCUGCAGGAGGGAAUGAGUCGAAGGGGACUCCGGGAAAGGCGGCUGCCCGGAGGGCGAUGCGGGGAGAAGGAAACGGGCGGAAACCCCGACACGGGCCUGGAGGGCGGAGAGUCCUUCGAAAGACCCGGGAAUCCCCAGAGAAUCCAGGAGGGAGGAAAGAAGUAUCAGUGCCCAGAAUGUGAAAAAUCCUUCAAAACAAAUUCACAUCUUCAGAGCCAUCUAAGGAUCCACCCAAAAGACCAACCAUUUAAAUGCCUGGAGUGUGGAAAAAGCUUCAAUCAUAGAGGCAACUUUGAUAGACAUCAAAGAAUCCACUCAGGAGAAAAGCCUCAUAAAUGCCCGGAGUGUGGAAAGAGCUUCAGUCAGUUGGGAAACCUUUCUAGACAUCAAAGGGUCCAUUCCAGAGAAAAGCCAUACAAAUGCCUGGAGUGUGGAAAGAGAUUCCAUCUGAAGGAAUACCUUUAUAGACAUCAACAAAGGAUCCACUCGGAGGAGACACUGAAUAAAUGCCUGGAGGGUGGAGGGUCCUUCGGAAGACCUGGGAAUCAUCCCCAGAGGAUCCAGGAGGGAGAAGAGAAAUAUCAGUGCCCACAAUGCGAAAAAUCCUUCAAAAGAAAUGGAGAUCUUGAAAGGCAUCUAAGAAUCCACUUAUUUGGAAACCCAUUUCAAUGCUUUGAGUGUGGAAAGAACUUCAAUCGGACAAGAGAUCUUACACAACAUCAAAGAAUCCACACAGGAGAGAAACCUUAUAAGUGCCUGGAGUGUGAAAAGAGCUUCUGUCAUAGCAGCAGCCUUCAUAAACAUCGAAGGAUCCACUCAGAAGAGAAACUAAAUAAAUCCCUGGAGGGCGGAGGGUCCUUCCGAAGAGCCAGGAGGCCCCAAAGGAUGCAGGAGGGAGGAAAAAAAUACAAAUGCCCGGAAUGUGAAAAAUCCUUCAAAAGAAAUGGACAUCUUCAAGGCCAUCUAAGCAUCCAUUCAGGAGAAAAGAAAUACGAAUGCCCAGAAUGUGAAAAAUCCUUCAGAACAAAAGAUCUUCUUCAAAGCCAUCUAAAAAUCCACACGGGAGAAAAACCUUAUAAAUGCUUUGAGUGUGGAAAGAGCUUCCCUCACAGGAGCAGCCAUGAUAGACAUCAAAGAGUCCACACAGGAGAAAAACCUUAUAAAUGCUUUGAGUGUGGAAAGAGCUUCAGUCAGACGAGCAGCCUUAAUGCACAUCAAAGAAUCCACACAGGAGAAAAACCUCAUAAAUGCUUGGAGUGUGGAAAGAACUUUGGUCAUAGCAGCAUCCUUUAUAGACACCAAAGGAUCCACUCAGGAGAGAAACCUUAUAAGUGCCUGGAGUGUGGAAAGAACUUUGGUCAUAGCAGCAGCCUUAGUAAACAUCAAGUAAUUCAUUUACAAGAACACUACGAUUGCUGGGAAUGUGAAAAAGGCUUCAAAACCAUUCAAAUCCUUGAAAAACAUCUAAGAAUCCACUCAGUAGAACAAAUGAACAAGUGACCUUCUUCAAAGCUAUCUAAGAAAUCCACUCAGGAGAGAACCCUAAUAAAUGCCUGGCGUGUGGAAAAAGAUUCAGUCAGACAAGCAGCUGUUACGCACAUCAAAGAAUUCACAUGGGAGAAAAAUGUCAUAAAUGUCUGACAUGAGGAAAAACCUUUGGUAAUGAGACCAUCCUCUAUGAACAUCAAAGGAUCCACUCAGGAGAGAAACCCUAUAAAUGCCUGGAGUGUGGAAAGAGCUUCUGUCACAGGAGCAUCCUCUACAAGCAUCAAAGAAUCCACAUGGGAGAAAAACCUUUUAAGUGUCUGCAAUGUGGGAAGAGCUUCAACAUAAGAGGUUCUCUGUAGAGACAUCAAAGGAUCCACUCAGAAGAGAAACCGAAUAAAUGCCAGGAGGGCAGAGGGUUCUAGGAAGACCCAGGAGUCCCCAAAGGAUCCAGGAGGGAGAAAGGAAGUAUCAACGCCCAGACUGUAAAAAAAUCCUUCAAAAGAAAUAACCAUCUUCAAAACCAUCUAGGAAUCCACACGGGAGAAAAACCUUAUAAAUGCCUGGAGUGUGGAAAGAGCUUCAGUCACACGAGCAUCCUUUAUGCACAUAAAAGAAUCCACACGGGAGAAAAACCUUAUCAGUGUCUGAAAUGUAGGAAGAGCUUCAGUCGGAGAGGUUCUCUCUAUAGACAUCAAAUGCUUCACACGAGAAAACAAUAUCAGGGCCUGGAGUAUGGAAAGAGUUUCUGUGAGAGUGGAAGUCUUUAUAACCGUCAAAGGAUCCACAUGGGAGAAUAACCAGAUAGAGUUAGUCCUUGAUUUACAGCAGUUCAUUUAGUGACUGUUCAAAGUUACAAUGGCACUGAAAACAGUGACUUAUGGCUGUUUUUCACACUUAUGUCACAUGAUCACAAUUCAGACGUUGGUAAACUGACUCCUAUUUAUGAUGGUUGCAGUGUUCCGGGAUCAUUUGGUCACCUUUUGUGACCUUCCUACAAGCAAAACCACUUAAGAUUCACUUAACUGUGUUACAGUUACAGUGAUUUACAUAAUUGGCAAGAAAGGUCAUAAAAUCCACUUAAAUGUUUCACUGAGCAAGAAAAAUUUGUGGCUGAAUUGUAGUUGUAAAUCGAGGGCUACCUGCAAAUACCUGGAAUGUGGUAAGAGAUUCAAUUCACAGCAAACCCGUAAUUCACAUCAAAGACUCCACAGAGGAGAAAAACCGUAUAAAUGUCGUGAGUGAGAAGCGCUUCCUUCUGUAUCGAAGGAUUCACAUGGGGAAAAAACAAUAAACUUGUCUGAGUGUGGAAUGACUUUCGGUCAUGAUGUAUGUCUGAGUAGAUUAGAAUUCUUUAUUGGUCAAGUGUGAUUGGACACAAGGAAUUUGUCCUCUAUUUCAAUCCCACAGGAAUGAUAGGUCCUCUAUUUUUGUCUUAGAAGAAACAGUUGCACCUUACGAUUCAGGAGUUGCUACUGGAACGUUCUGAGGAAACUUACCAAUUUCCGUUGUCCCCACAGGUCUUUCCAUGUGCCUGGAAAUUAGGGAGUUUUCUCCUGGGUUAAUUCUUCCCUUGAAAAUAAGACUUGCCCCUUCUGUACUUUUUGGCACACUCCAUCCUUCCAUACAGAGAAUAAACUGCACUCUUGAUUAUUAAUGAGCCAACUCACCCUUUUCUCUCCUUUUUGCCUCCAACCUGAUCCAGUGCUACCUUUAUUCCCUCUUUAGCAAUUCAAGUUAUGGACACCACAGGUUUCUUGUAUUUCCUUGUAACUUUCGUAUUUUUAUCAUAACCUUGUAAUAUAGAAAGUUUCUAGAUGCUUGUAACUUUACAACUGUCUGAUAAGGGACUUUCUCAGGCUGAAUAAUAAAGGACUUUUUCGGUUGCACUUGCUAGAAGUUUCAGUUGAUCAUAAUUGUAUUUUUUUUUCACAACAGAAGCUUGUGAGGCUCAUGACGCUUUUCCCCCAUGCAAGCAUUCUUUUAGUACAAUGCUCAUUUCAAUGCAGCCCCAUGCAGUUAAUGUGGUUCUCCGGCACCCUCAUCCUGGCUUUGCUUGUCGUUUUUCAUUUCUUCUCUUGGAAUUGAGAAAAAAUUUCCUACCAGUGAGGACAAUUAACCAGUGG